AUGGAGCAGUUUCCGGCAUAUGAAGAAGACGAAGACAACUGGGAAGAGUGGAAGCGGAAUAAUGAUCGGGUCGCAGUCAAUGACCAUGACAUCGACCACUGCAUUCGACACUGCGAGCAUCGCGUGUGCCGCACCAUUACGGACAAAGAUGGGAAGCGCAACAUCGAGCCCAAAGCAUGCAGAUGUUGCAGGCGACUUCCCCUCCUCGAAGACACCAGUUUCAGACAAGAAAGGAUAUCGCGUCUUCGCCUCCAGAAUAUUCUCGCCGCCCAAAAGGCUUACGAGAAGGCCGGCCAUACCGAGACGAUAACGCUUGAACUAGCAUCCGCCACUGCCCUAGUCAGAAAGAUGCGAAGCAUGGGAUAUCUUGAUUUGACCAAAUAUCUUCGCGGAUCCAAAGACUUCACAAGGAGCACCACACUUUACCCCGCGCAGUACCUCGCAGCUACCCGCGCGGCCAAUAUCCUCAUCUCCAAACUCCUCAACUACUUGUCAAUCACGCUUUUGCCACUAGAGAACCAAACCCGCACACUCACCAUCGCGGAACUGGUCAAAGAAAUAACGGAGAUGAUACGACUAGAAAUCUUCUGGUGGGUAUCUGAAUGGUGUUUCCGCAACCAGGUAGAAAGGAGGGAUAAUGCUGUGGAGAGAGCAUGGAAGUUGAAAGGGUGCUUUGGCCUAGCGAGGAGGACUUGGAUUAAGGGGACGAUGAGUAGGGGAGUUGAGGUACUGUUUGAGAGAAUGGAGGGGAUUGUGGAGAUGGUAGUUGCGGUUUUGUUGUGGUGGGAUGGAGAGAUAAGGACGGAGAGGAUGAAUAAGACCUGGUGGGAGUUUGAGAGCUGUGGGAGUGAGGAAAGCAGCGAGAGUGGAGAGAGCAGCGACAGCGAGGAGAGCUGUGAUUUUACCUGGGAUUAG